GCACACCCUAUGACACCAGCCAAGUUUCGUAACUCACCUCAUCAGCCAUCCAGGAGAAAAAAUUAUUCACGAGCACGCCCUGCACACAUUGAAAUUUCCACGACCUUAUGACACCGCUCUCCACCAUCCAGCCAAUCAUACUGCUCAGAACCCCAGCAAGGCGCACCCUCGAGUCCGUGCCCACCAAUCCCUCACGCCCUGCACGCGUCCAAGCCAAGUUUCCCGCCAUAUGUUUCCCGACGGCGGCCAAAACAGGCGUGCUCAGCGCCGCAGAGCCACCCAAAAUUCUCCCAUGCGCGACCGUUAACGGCAACGUCGCAGCCUAGCACGUCCUUUGGAGGUAUAACCCAAUAAGAAAAAGUUUUCCCCUGGCGGCUCUUCCGACGGAAUGCGCAUCGCUGGCUGAUCAUGCGGCCCCACCGAAUACAUAAUCGUCUUGCUUUGUGAGUCUCACGUUGAGGCAAAAUUUUCUCAUGACUAAACCUCCAAAGGAAGGAUUUAGACAGUUAAAGGAUUGACACGAGUCUUGUUGUGCUGAGCGCGUAGGGUCUUUACGUACCGGUUUCCACUUUGCGUGUUACAGCACAUUAUGUUGUGAUCGUGGCAGGGCGUGGUUGCAUCGUGAGAUCGCGAUCGUGAGUCGCUG